CGGCGCCGCCCCGAUUUCUCCUCCCCGCCGCACUCCUCGUCUCCCCCAAAUCCGUGCCCCCUCAGUUCCGACGCCGCGCAUCUCCACCGCCGCAAUCCGCCUCCUCCAUAGCCGCUCCCCGUCCCCCCCUCCGUUCACCUUCCCUUUUCCACCCAAUCCCAGCAGCCCCCGAGCGCAGCUGCCAAACCCCCUUGCCGCCGCCGUUUCUCGCCGAACCUCGUCUUCCUCACUGCGCGUUACUGGUUUUGUCGGGUUCCUGUAUUAGGUUUGGAUUUGUAGACAUGGCGGAAGUGGAGGAUAAGCUCAAGGACUACGAGAUCAAGAAGGAGGGCGAGGCUGAGAUCCUCAUGCUCAAGAGUAACGCCGUCUUCUUCAAUCCUGUGCAGGUACACAACAGAGAUAUGUCCAUUGCUGUUUUAAGGACAUUUGUUUCCAAGCGUAAGGAAGAGCAUGAAGCACUGCUGAAUAAAAAGAAUAAGUCGCAUAAGAAAGGCAACCAGAUCGAAACAUCUGUUGUAAAUGGAGAUGCUGCGUUAACUGGCCAGCAUGACAAAAUGGACGUUGUUAAUGAAAAGGAGACAAAUCAGGCUACAAAUGAAAUAGAAGAUCCUUCAAAAGAAGCAACGAAGACACCUUCCUGGAAAGUAACCAGAGAGCUUAAGCCACCAGUUGUUCUUGAGGCUUUAGCUGCUUCUGGGUUGAGGUCUCUUCGAUAUGCUCGUGAAGUUGAUGGAUUAGAAAAGGUAGUUGCUCUAGACAAUGAUAAAGCCUCUGUUGAAGCUUGCAAGAGGAAUAUAAAGUUCAACGGGUCUGCUGCUAUUAAUAAGGUGGAAGCACACUUGGCUGAUGCUCGAGUUUACAUGCUCACACAUCCAAAAGAAUUUGAUGUGGUUGAUCUUGACCCUUACGGGUCACCAUCUGUAUUCCUCGACUCAGCUGUACAGGCCGUUGCUGAUGGUGGGCUGUUGAUGUGCACAGCCACUGAUUUGGCAGUUCUGUGUGGAACUAAUGGAGAAGUUUGCUACUCCAAGUAUGGUUCCUACCCAGUUAAAGGCAAGUAUUGCCACGAAAUGGCUUUGAGAAUCCUCCUUGCGAGUAUUGAGAGCCAUGCAAAUCGGUACAAGAGGUAUAUUGUGCCUGUUCUCUCUGUAUUUAUGGACUUUUAUGUCCGUGUAUUUGUUCGAGUAUUCACUUCUGCGAGUGAAAUAAAGAAUACCCCCCUUAAACUUUCUUAUGUAUAUCAAUGUGCUGGUUGUGAUUCUUUCCAUCUUCAGUCCCUCGGGAGGACUGUUACAAAGAAUAACAGCGUGAAGUAUGCACCUGGUAUUGGACCAGUUGUUCCUCAAGAGUGCAGUGACUGUGGAAAGAAAUUUAAUGUGGGUGGACCAAUAUGGUCCGCCCCUAUUCAUGAUCAAGAUUGGGUACUUUCCACGCUGACGGACGUUAGGCCAAUGAAGGACAGAUAUCCUGCAUACAACAAAAUUACUUCAGUUCUAACUACUGUAUCAGAGGAAUUGCAUGACUUUCCAUUGUUUUUUAGUCUCCACAGCAUAUCUGGUACUGUCAAGUGCACAUCUCCAUCUGCAGUCAUGUUCCGGUCAGCAGUUAUAAAUGCAGGAUAUCAGAUCUCAAGCAGUCACAUUAAUCCGCUUGGACUGAAGUCUGAUGCCCCUUGGGAAGUUAUUUGGGACAUCAUGCGCUGCUGGGUGAAAAAUCAUCCUAUCAAGGAACAACCGCAUGACACUCCAGGCACGGCAAUCCUUUCAAAAUCGUCACAGAUAGAGGCAAAUUUCUCUAGAGCAGUUGCUGCCCUCAGCAAGGCUCAGACGAAAAAGGUGAAGCGGUUCCUUCCAAACCCAGAAAGCCACUGGGGCCCGAAGGUCAGGGCAGGUCGGACAAUUACUAGCAAGCAUAUCUCUCUGUUAGGCGCAGAGGCUAUCAAUGGGGCUAUCGGUCACCAAGAGGCAAAUGGAGAGGUGACCACCGAUAAGCCAGCUUCAGAUACUGGAGGGACUGUUGUUACAGAUGAAGUGAAUGAACCUUCAACCAAACGCCAAAAAACCAGCGAUGGUGAACAGCCUACCGAACCUUGAUUGACAUGGUCAUCUUAACAUUUGUUCUUUUCGUCCUGAUAUCGCUCUGGUUGUUUGUUGCUUGUGAGCUGGCAGACUUGAUAUCAACCGCGGUGACAUAUUUUUGGCACAUGAAUUUUGAUACGGACUAUUUCACUAGAGAUUUUAAUAUAUUUUCCUUUAUGUGUAUGAUGUGCCAAUUGUUGGUUAUUAAGUAGGUGUGACGAAUACAGCUAUACAAAAGAAAGGCUAUGGCCUC